AAAUCUUACUGAGAACAUAGAAUUUUUAACUGAUAGUAAACAAAACCGCAGGGUACUAGUUCCAUUCUGUGGCAAAACAUUGGACCUGUUAUGGUAAGCCAAAUAGUUCUAAUAAGUAUAUUUUAUAUCAGUUCUGUGUAACUUAUAAAACUAGUGUCAAAAGCAAAGCAUGACAGAUAAGUGAUCUUUGCCAGGAUCAAUUCAGAAGAAAGUAAUGGCGCCUGAUACUUAAUUGACAAGCUGCUAAAUCGACCAUUACAACGUGGCUGUGAGAUGUGAAACAGUGAAAGACGUUUGGGAAUCUCGAUUGAGGGCCACUAGGGAGAAUACGUUUUGUAAUUGGUGUUACCCUCGUUAAAUAUAGUUUAUUGUAUUGCUUUGUAUUGCUUUGUACGGUGCAGGUGUGUCAAGAAUAACUUAUUCUGCCGUUUUCUGUCAUCGAGAUGUAAAGCAGGCUAGAUGCAAAAAUGAAUGUAAAUGUUUUUGAAAAUAUGCUUUGUAACAUAUUUUUGUCCUGAAACAAAGUUCCUUGUUGGAAAAAAUUACUAAAUCGAAGAAAAAGUCAUGAGGAAAAUUGGUUGAGUACCGUGUUAAUUUCGAGGUGUGAUUCAACUCCAAAAGUGGACAGAAUAACAUUUUUGGAGUUAAUUUAACUCCUUGAAAUUUAUAGUGUAAAGGUAGAACCAGAUACGCUUGAAUUCAUUAUGGCGGCCAGGGUGGCAAUUAUCUUUUUGGCGAAAAAAGGUUUUGCAUGGCCAUUAGGUUUCAGUGGCUUUUCUUCGUGACAAGGGCAGUUCAUGAGCACAUGUGUACAACUAAUGAAAAUGCCAUUUUACAUAAAAUUUUACACUAUAAUGUAUUAAUUCUAAGUAUUCGAUGCAAAGUUAAUGAGUGUUGAAAAGCGUAAUGAAAGUGUACAGUAGAGGUGUGCGAAUCCGAUCCGAUCGGAUUCGUUCCGAUUUCGGAACAAAAAUAUACAUUUCGGAUCGGAUUGAUAAAGUUGUUUCGUAGUCGCAUCGGAUCGGACUUCGAUAAUCGAAAUGAAUUAAUUAUCCACGCAUUAUCGCAAGAAUUAUUAUCCAUGCAUUUAUCAAAGCAUUAUCGCGGUUGUCGCUGCAUUAUUCGUUUGAUACUUCAAUUGGACGUCACUUUGUCAAGCUUCUUGAUAUGUAUUUCUUGCUUUAUACUUAUUUGGUUGAAUAUUUCAAGUUGAAUGAGAUAUUUAUUUUAUUAAAGGAUUCUUCAGAUCGGAUCGGAAUUCUUUAUCAAAACGCGAAUCUGAUUCAGAUUAGACAAUUUCGGAUCGGAUUUUAAACAUUAGCCAAUUGUCGGAUUAUAAACCUCCAAUCCGAUCCGAUGCACACCUCUAGUGUACAGUGAUGAAUGAUUGUGUUUCGUUUUAGGUUGUUUUUACUCAACAUCAAGGGCGUACCUAGCAUUAUAUAUAGCUCAGAAAGGGGUCCUAACCUCUCUUUAUUAAAUUGCCCCCGCUUUUACCAAUGUGCCCCUUUUUUCUUUCCACACACCUGUUUCAAAGAUCAAAAGGUUAACCCUUGCAAAUUGUCGAGGCUUAUUGCAUGCAUGUAUUAUCCAAAGAAAAUUACAUCAACAAAAUAAUCAACUGUUUCACGAGUUUAUGUUUUUGGCUUGCCCCCCAUUUUUUAAACCACGAUCCCGUUCACCAAUUUUUACAAAUAUUUUCCAUGCCGCCCCUUUUGUGUGUGUUUUUUUUUGUGGAGACAGUUUAUUCCCUGCCCUUGAGGGUUGAACUAUGCCUUGAACUUCUCCCUGCUUCUUGAUAUAGGCCAUAUAUAGGUGACGUCAUGUUAUCAUGGUAACACGAAUAGUAGCGAUUAUGGGUUAAAAUUACUUUUUUGUAUAAGAGGAAACAGUGGCUUGUGCAAAAAAUUAGUUUUUUUAGAUUCAAAUAGCUUUAGUUUAAAACACUGAUAUAUAUAUAUAUUGGAAACUGUAGGGAGCCUCCUUAAAGGCCCGUUUACACGGGCGAUUUUUGCUGCAAUUUUAGUUGCGACUUUCUCCUUUUGGAGGAUCUGAAGGAGUAGAUUACUUAAUGAUGUUGUUAUGGGAUUUCAUAAUCUGGAACAUAUGUAACUCGUCAGCUCCUUCACAUUCUCCAAAAGGAGAAAAUCGCAAGGGUUCGAACUAUGCUUUGUAAUUAAUGACUGCAGACGACUUGAUUGAGCAGUAGAGUGUAAUGAAUCAAAAGAUACUUCAGGGCUGCUAUGGGGGCUGGUAUGAGUGUACUUUUGAGUUUUAAUAUUUAUCACACUUAUCAAUAAUAUUUUAAUGAAUGAUAUGUUUGCUAAUCUGCGAUAGUGAAUUAUUGUAAUAAUUUUUAGGCUGGUUAAACAAGGUCAUACCGUGAUUGGAAUAGAAGCUGUACAAAAAGCAAUUGAGGAUUUCUUUAAAGAAAACAAUAUUUCGUACGAGAUAAAAACGAUUGAUGGAAAUGGCCACUGUUACAUGGUAAAUUUAUGUGUUAUUGUAGCUAAAUUCUUUAUUUAUAUCCACGUUCGCUGCUAUUAUUUACACGCUGUUAUAUAAUUUAAAUGCCUUGAGGUGUUGGUGUUGGCCUUGAGGGUAUGUUUUUUGAGAAAGAAGGUUAAUUAUGUUCCAGGUUUUAAACGCCACUGAAGGUUGAAUACACUAAUGGUUUGAGGGUUUUGGCGGUGUGAUCAUUUGCUGUAGCACACCAUACUAUUUGAAUGUGUGGUUCCAAAUAAGUGUAGCGCAGGGCCUUUUUUAAGGAUUUUCCCGUGGGGGGGGGGCGGCAUUUUUUGAAAAGGGACCUUUCUGUGAGAUAAUAUAUUAGAGGGGGAUAGGAACGGCUGAAGGGCACGUGUGUGGCCGACAUACCACACAUGAAUAGGGGGGUCUGGGGCAUACUCCCCAGAAAAUGUUUGAAAUUUGAAGCACGGAAAUGCCAUUUCCUGCAUUCUGAGCAUUCAACUUUGCUCCAAAAUUUAUGCUAAUAUACUUGUAUUUGAAAUAAAAGAAGGAAAAACGCACAAAAAGUUAAAAAAAAUAUUAACCGUAAUUUGUGGGGGAUAGCAAUGGUGCAAGGCCACGUGUGUGGGAGCAUACUACCCAGAAAAUUGUUGAAAUUUGAAACCCGGAAAUGCCAUUUCCUGCAUUCUGAGCAUCCAAAUUUGCUCUAAAAUUUAUGCUAACUAUACUUGUAUUUGAAAUAAAAGAAGGAAAAAACGCACAAAAAAUAAAAUAAUUAUUAACAAUAAUUUGUCAUUACUUAGUGGUGGAAAAACGUAACAAUUUAAAUCGAUUUUGCAAAACAAGGACAAAGGAUAAAGCCUUAAACUUACUUUCCGUUUAUCUAUUUGUUUUUCUUCACUGAUUUGUUCAUAGAUUUAGGAAAAAGGGACUUUUCCUGGGGGGCAAAAUAUGAUUUCGUGGGGCACAAGGGGGGACCGGUAUAGCGAUGAGCAAUAUAUUUCACGUUUGAACUCAGAAUAUGAGGACUUCUGGCAAGCAGUAUUUCAAGCUUCGCGUGCUCGCUAAUACCAUUGAACUAUAACUAAACUGGAAGGCUAAGUCAGGGGGGGGGGAGUUGAAGCCGUGCUUGUAAAAAAAAUUUCGAAAAAAGCAUUUAAAAAUUGACAAAAAAUGUUGUCUAUAUAUUUUGCUAUGAUUGCUACUGUCAGUCGGUCGCUCGCGUCAAAGUCAAAGUUUUCAUAGCAGGUUUUUAAAAAGUUAAUUUUAAAGGGGAGAAAAAUAUGCCUUAUAGCUGUGUUGUUUGUGGAUGCAGGAGUAAUAAAAAUAAGGAAAACGAGGAACACGUAGAGCAUGUAGCCUACCAUAGGUAGGUCUAUAUGUGCAUGCAUGUGCAUAAUGUUUACAUAAAUCGAUAAAAAGCCAAGAAAUAAUGUUUUAUUUACCAACAUAUCUACAUACAGUAUAUACAUAGUCUGACAAUUUACAUUUACAACAUAGGCAGCCCAGCAAAAUGUGUAAAAAUGCAUUAAACGCUUAAAAAUGCGUAUAAAGUUCGUCUCAAUUUGCUAUCAAGCGAUUUAUUUGUGUAGCUCAUUAUACAUGCAGAUUCCGAUGUUUACGUCAUUGUAUUUUCAUAUAGUAUAUUAUCCAAGGCGGGCAACUCUUUUACAAAAUACAUUUACACACACUACUUUUACAAUUACGUUCAAACAACAACAAAAACCGCUACUUUCUGAGAAAAAAAAACUAGAUACAAAACACCUUGGAUAUUUUUUCGAACUCUAUUCAAACGUUUCAGAGUCGAAAAAAGUUUAGAAGUAUUUAAAUUUCGGG